CAUGUUAAAGCAAUAGCUAGGUUUCACCAUAUUACGCUAAACAAUGUAUCAUGUUUGAAUGUAUUAUUUUAUGCUAAUUAUAAAGAGCUGUAAUUUGUUGCGUGAGACCAACAGUAAUUACAGAGGAAAAAAGGCUUGAGAAAGUCGCGUCCAGCCAGCUGCAUGAGUUGAGCAAUGUAGUGCGCCAAAGCUGCCUGCCUGAGAGAGGAUCCAUCACAGAAACAAACCCUCCCACUCCGAGUGCCCCCGCUCCUUCAGAUGCAACUCAAAAUACAUAAAGCGUCCAUGUUGCACAGGGAAUGAAGGGUCAGCAGAUAUGAACAGUUUGCUUAAAAGUGUUAGCUAACUUUAACGCUCAACAACUUGCGUUCGCUAGCUACAUGUUUUUGGACAAGAACAAAUCUCCGACGGGCUUCCUAGUGUUUUUAACGUUGUACGGACACGGCCUCACAUUUUGGAUGAUCGGAGCUUCACAGCUAACUCGCUAACCCAAGCUACCUGCUAACUUCAGCUAGUUAGCAAUUCAACGUCGGUUGUUUUUGUGUGUGUGUUUUGUUUUUUUAGCCACAAACGCUGUCGCUGUUGCGCACAAAAUAUUUGUUUGCAGCAAUGAUUUUUUGCGGAGAGCCAUAAAUGACAGCCAUUCACUGGCUUCCAUUCACCACCGUGCUAGCUGGCUGGCUACCACUGCUGCUGCCACUACACUUCGCUUCGGACGGUUGCCUGCUGGCUUUGUGGGCUGGCUGGUCAUCCUCCUCUUAAACAGCUAGCUAACAGUAGCUAGCACACGAAGCAAGCGCGCUAGUACGAAUAACAUUGUGGGAAACAAAAGCGGAAUAACCACCCGUCUAAAUGGACCACAUGUCCAUAAUAACCCAAGUUUCCAACCCGAAGGAGGAGGAAAUAAUAUCCUUUAACCAGGAAAAAGCGUCCCAGUCGAACAGCAGCCUAAAGAAGCAGAGGAGCCGGAGCAUCUUCAGCACAUUAUUCUGCUGCUUCCGCAACUACAAUGUGGACCCUCCAGCCACCAACACCAACACCAGCUCCCUGCCUCCACCUGUUGAGGAGAACGGAUCGCCUCCCAAGUGUGACCAGGUCGAGGUCAUCCCUAUCCCUAGUCCACCAGCCAAAUACCUUCUACCAGAGAUGAUAAUAUCUGACUAUGGCAAAAAGUGUGUGGUGAUUGACUUGGAUGAAACACUCGUCCACAGCUCAUUCAAGCCCAUCAGCAAUGCAGAUUUUAUUGUUCCCGUGGAGAUCGAUGGUACCGUUCAUCAGGUGUAUGUGCUGAAACGACCGCACGUGGAUGAGUUUCUUCAAAAGAUGGGAGAGCUGUUUGAAUGUGUGCUCUUUACAGCAAGUCUUGCCAAGUAUGCAGACCCUGUGGCAGACCUGCUGGACCAGUGGGGCGUGUUUCGAGAGCGACUUUUUAGAGAAUCCUGCGUUUUUCACAGAGGGAACUAUGUCAAAGACCUGAGCCGGCUGGGACGAGAGCUCAGCAACGUCAUCAUUGUUGACAAUUCACCUGCCUCUUAUAUUUUCCACCCAGAAAAUGCUGUCCCUGUCCAAUCCUGGUUUGAUGAUAUGAAUGACACAGAGCUCCUGGAUCUGCUGCCUUUCUUUGAGGGACUCAGCAAAGAAGAAGAGGUUUAUGGAGUCCUGCAGAAUCUAAGAGGCAGGUAACAGGACACACCGUAGCGCCUCUGCUCUCCAUCCUCCUCCUCCUCUGUCCACCAUUUCUACAACCGCAUCUCUCAGACUCAGGCAGAUCCUCCGACAUGCGCCCCUCUUGUCUCUGCCCCAAGGGGACGCCUUGGAGUCUCACUGUGGAAACCUUCACGUAACCCGUCUCUGCUCUCAUCUCCUGGCGACAAACCCUCAAUAUCCCAAGAGCACUGUGUUUCACAAAAACCACACCAGAAAGUGUACAAGAGCGUCCUAAGUUGAUAAUAUUGGGGACAAAAUGCUAAGAGGAAUGAACUCUGGUCUUUACAAUUUUACUAUUCGGUGAAGUGCUUAUUUUAAAACCAAAAAAAACAUCAACAACGUUUUGUCUGACAUUUCUUUUGUGGUACCACACAAAAGUCUGAAAAGAUUUUGUCCUCGUAUUGUUGCUAUGCAGGCAGUUUCUGGUAGUAGAAAGGACUGUGAUUCUCUUUUCUUACUGGAUGAAGUGCCUUGUGUGUAUGUUGUUUAUAUCGGGAGAUAUUUUUUACAUGGCAUAUUUCCAGAGUACUUAGUCUUUUCACACAAUAUGCUUUAAAGUGGACACAGAAGUAUCUUGAUAUAAAUUUGUUUUAGUUUUUUUAUUAUCAAACGCUGGGCAAAAGUC